CCCCAGUCCAGAUUUUACGAGCGGAUCGGUAGCGUAGAGAGUACAGAAAAAGCGAUUCGCGCCCCAUAUGACCGAUAUGCAGGACUUUUAAUUUCCCACCCUCGCACCAAUUUUAACAUUUAGCAGGUGUUUCUAGUGAUGGUCAUGUCAGGCCGUGAUUAAAACCCGUUCUAACUGACAAUUCACCCCCCACAUCAGCGUGACAUGCUUUGUAGAAAGACUCGAUGAAGAUCCUUCUAUGUAAUAAGUGAUUUAUCUCCCGUAACUGUAGUGUUUAAUCUCUGUAAAUUACGCCUGAAACCAGGUUUAAAGUUCUUCUAGCGACUGACUUUUUUCAGUGAAUGUAUGUGAGCUUUCUUUCCUCUUAUAGGAUUACUUUGACUUCGUCUCAUAGGAUGCUGAUGGAGGCCUGUUAAAAGAAAAAUUUCGGAAGCUCAAUAAAACACGCCAGGAAUAAAGAUGAACUUUGGAGAUUUUCGUGCCGUCUGCUUCAUGACCAUUAGUCUGAGUUUGGUUUAUGGCCAGCAACAGUACUUCAGAGUUCAGCCCCGGGACGUCAAAGUGCAGGAGGGUGGCGAAGCGAUGCUGGAAUGCGAAGUUGCCAAUCUGGCAGGUCAAGUGCAAUGGACCAAGGACGGAUUUGCCUUAGGGUUCUCGUCGGUCAUCCCGGGUUUCCCUCGAUACUCUGUGAUCGGUGACCGUCGUCAUGGCAUAUAUAACUUGAGGGUGAGCAAUGCUUCCCUUGAGGACGACGCCGAAUACCAGUGUCAAGUGGGACCGGCAAGACUUCAUAAGGCAAUUCGAGCAAACGCCAGACUGAACGUCAUAUCGCCGCCGUCGUCCGUCGAAAUUUUGGACCAUCGGCAUAAUUCCAAGAUUGAAAUAAAGGAAAAUCAAGAGUUUCAUCUUGAAUGCAGGGUUCGGAACGCCAAACCCGCCGCCAAAAUCGUUUGGUACAGAGGAAACGUGGAACUAAAUAUACCCGAUCGCGAGGACCAAAUAAUUGAGGUCCCCGGCAAAAACGGCGACAAAAGGGUCACCAGAUACGACACGCACUCCCGUAUCUCUUUGAAGCCAACAGCUGAGGAUGAUUACGCGGAAUACACGUGCGAAGCGCGCCACGAAGCGUUAUCCCCCGACAUCCCGUUACGAACAACCGUACAGUUGAGCGUUUUCUAUCCGCCGGGCCCGCCCUACAUCGAGGGCUACACGGAAGGCGAGACCAUCCGCCGCGGCCAGACCGUGGAGCUGGUGUGCCGCAGUCGGGGCGGCAAUCCCCCGGCCCAGCUCAUCUGGUACAAAAACGGGGAGCAGAUCCGCAUGGCCUACAGGACGGCGGGCCGCGUGUCCGAGAACGUCUACACGUUCACGGCCGACGCCAGCGACAACAAGGCGCGCUACAAGUGCGAGGCGAGCAACAUCAUGUCCAAGGCGCCCCUCAAAGCCGAAGUGGAUAUGACGGUGCUAUUUUCGCCGGCACAUGUCACCAUAUCAGGGCCGACCGAAGCCAGGGUUGGCGAUCCGGUGCCUCUCACUUGCACGACCGCAAACUCCAAUCCGCCCGCUGAAAUUAAAUGGAUGGUGGCCGGCAGGCAGGUUAGAAAUGCCACCUCCAGGACGGUCGUCUCCCCGGAAGGAGGCUGGAUUACAACUUCGAACAUCACAGCCGUUGUUGAACCGAAUCGGAGAAGUUUGGUCGUGAUUUGUCACGGACUGAACAUGCAAUUAACCGAAAAUGUUGUCUCGACGCAUACUAUCAACGUUUUAUAUCCACCAAGUGCCCCUUUUAUCCACGGCUACACGCAGGGCUCGUACAUCCCUGCCGGAACCGUUCAAAAAAUCUCCUGCACCUCAUCCGGGGGCAACCCCUUAGCCACCCUAACGUGGUACAAGAACGACAAAAAGAUAAAUUCAGUGUUGAAAACGACGGACAAGUCAGUAACUGCAGAAAUAACAAUUCUGACAAAUGUAACCGAUAAUGAGGCGCGAUAUCGGUGCGAAGCAGCAAACUCAGCUACUGAAAUCCCGCUCUUCGAAACGAUAACAAUGAAUGUUUACUUUCCACCUGAUCACGUGAAAAUUCGUAAAGAACCGCUUGAACUGAAACCGAACGAGCAAGCGACUCUAACUUGCGACUCGAGCUCGAGCAAUCCUCCAGCGAAAUUAUCGUGGUGGCGUGAGGGCAUCCCAGUCCAAGGUCUCCUCAAUACGACCAAACCCGGGCUUCAUGGGGGCACAGUUUCCAGUAUUGAGCUCAAACUCAACAUCACGGAACAACUCAAUGGGAUUGUUUACACGUGUCAAGCCACGAAUGAGGCGCUGCAACGCUCGGUCCAUGACGCCAUCACCCUGCAAGUUUUAUAUAAGCCCGUCUUCGACAAAGAUAACGAAGAAGCGGUCACGGGCAUAGAAGGCGAGCCAUUAAUAAUCACGUUAAAAGCAGACGGCAAUCCGCAGAACAUCGCCUACACCUGGACAAAGGACGGCCUCCCGAUUAUCCAAUCGUCCUCGAGUUCGGGCAUCGAGAGGAUUAUCUCCGACGGUCCGGUUUUAAAUAUAACCAGAUUAAGCCGCCACGACGCUGGAACCUACUCUUGCGAAGCCCUGAACUCGCAGGGCAGUUCAGUGGCCCAAGUUAACAUCACCGUCCAAUACGCAGCGACAAUCGUCGCCACGAGCGAAAAUGUCGUCGUGAAUCCCAAUGAGGACGCGACGCUUUCCUGCACAGCGGACGGGAAUCCGCUGUCUGAUGACACAAUUACGUGGAAAAGGGACGAUUUUCCGGAUUUUGACGCGCGCACCUCCGUUAUGUACGAUAAAAACGGGACGUCGUAUCUGCGGAUAACUGAUGUUACAAGGGACGAUUUGGGGAACUUUCAAUGCAUCGUCAACAACGGCGUGGGAAAUGUCACCACGAAAGAAGUGAUGCUCAUUGUCAAGCAUAAACCCGAAAUUGAUCAGCAUCCGGCUCUUCUUAAAUUUGCAAGUGAUGCGGGCGACACCGGGAGAGUGGUUUGCCGGAGCCAGGCCUCGCCUUUGGCCAAGUACAAAUGGGCUAGGUCGGGGGCGCCCAUCACGGCUAAUACCACCGGGAAAUACUACACCACCUACAGACAGAUCGACGCUCUUACAUCGGAAUCCGUCCUGUUCAUCACCCAUGUGACCUCCUCCGACUACGGCAACUACGAAUGCGUUGCCCGCAACGAAUUGGGAUUUGCGACCGCUUCUCCUCGCCUUGAAGUAACUUCUGCUCCAGAUACUCCCACACUGCUGACAAUCCUAAACGUGACUCAUGAUACCGUUACGUUAGGAUGGACACCUGGUUUUGAUGGAGGCAUGAAAGCCGCUUAUCGCAUUAGAUACAGACAAGUAAACGAUGAUGGCUAUAAGUACGUGGACGUCGUGCCACAGAACGCCACUUCUUUCCUGAUACGAGAUUUGGAAGUUAACACACAAUACGUGUUCUCCAUUAUGGCGAUGAAUAAAUUAGGCAACAGCAAGUACAUGCCCGAUCUUUUAUCAGCCCGGACGUCAAACAAAGUACCUCCAUCCUAUUCAUCACCCAGCUUAGACGAGAAAAACUUGAGAAAUUUUCCCGGGUUUCUAGUUAUUGUGGGCACUAUUGUGGGCACCUUACUAAUACUAAUGAACGUCUUGCUUAUUGGCUGUUGCUUGCACAGAAGAUCCAAGAAACGUGUGUCAGAACAAAGUAACCAAACGAGCAAAUCAGCAACCAUCGAAAUGUACGCCCCCAGCAGCUACAACGACACGGUCACUGGAGAGACCUUAUCUUCGGUUAGCGAGAAAAGUGAGACUUAUAGCAACGAAGGAAGCAACAACGAUUACGUCGAUGAAGGGCGCAAGCAAGCAACGAGCACUUAUCUAAUGGACCAGCAGGACUACCCAGGUGCGUACCCAGUGUGUCCCAGUUACGAGCUUCAGAUGCAACCUAACAUGGCUCACAAAACUCACACUCUUCCUCAUCCUCAUCAUCACCACCAGCAUCACAUGCAUGAUAGGAACAGAGCUAGAGAUGACCAGAGUCUUGCCUAUCAUGGCACGAUGUCAGCGAAAUCGUCGUACGUGAGCGCGCCCUCGCCAGCGCCCCCAGCCGACGGUUCAUACUACAACAUGUCCGACCGCUACUUGUCAUAUCCGCCGCCGCUGGACUUCCAGAAUCCGCCCCCGAUUCCGGCGCACCCCCACAUGGGGCACAUGCACAACCCGGUGACGCCGCCCCUGCCCGCCAACGGCUCCCUGCUGCGCCACCAGCGAGGGGCCGUUCCGCCCGACGUCCUGCACAACACCAGCCAAAACCCCCAAAUACUCCAAGCUCAAACUCUCGCUCAAAAGCGGGAGCUCACCAGUUUUGGCAACGGUUACGGUGUUAACGAACAGGAAGGACAUCUUGUCUGAGACAAGGAGGACAUUUUGUAUGUCCUGUAAAAUAAAGUGCGACUGAUUCGGAGUUAAACAGACUGUGAGUUCUAAUGAAUGAUAAUAUCACUGCAAUAUAAAGACACGGAUAAUCAAUUAACAGUGUAUUUUGCUAAUUUUACUUAAAGAAACUAUAAAUAAUUAACAGUGUUGUUCUAGAGUUGUUACGUGUUGAAUUAUUGUCAGUACUGAAGAAAAGCGCAUAAGGAGAUAAUAAUGCAACUGUAGGUUAAGUACUUAGAUUUGUUUGCAGAUUUACUAAAAUACUCGUGUAAAAUUGUGAUAACUCUCAUUUCGUCUGUUAUUAUCUUCUUAUGCUUUGCAAUAAUUUAACUGAAUGAUUUCGUCACGAAAUAAAACGAAUAACUUGCUAACUGAUAAUCAGUUUAUUUAAAAUUAAUGUGAUCGUUGUAUGUAAAGAAUUAUUGUUAUUUUUGUAAGAAGCUUCUUUUGCAACAUUAUUAUCACUUAACGUUCUUAUUCUAAGUUGUAGCGUUUAGUUUUUUGUACAUACUUUCCGUUAAGGUUUGAAUAAUUUAAAAAAUGUUAUUUACUAGUCCAAUCCAACAACCAAAGUGUUUCUUUUGUACAUGAACGCCUUUUAAUUUGAGUGUAACUACUUUAAAUUUCAUUUGUAGCUUUCUAUUUUCUCUUUAUUUAUUCUUUUAUCUUUAUUUGUACACAACUUUGUUACGUUAAUAAAUUUUGUACCUAUAUCAAGAAUA